GACAGUUUCUUCAGAAAAGCCAAGGCUGCCGCCGUACGCUUGCUGGUGGCUCGAGAUCGUUGCCAGAGUUGCCAGACUACGUGAUGCGUGUGCUACGGGAAUCCACGAUAUCGUAGAUUCGAUAACAAUAUCGAAAUAGCAGCGAGAUUUCGUACUUGGAAUACUCUAGCUUUUUUCUGGCUCUCCAUACUUUAUCAGUGUUCCCUGGUGACGAUCCCUUGACCUCAUGUAGAUGUUUUUUUCAAAGCAAUUAUAGACACCGAUAGGUACCGAUACUAUAACAACGAACAACAGCGUAUAACAGCGUAUAAGGCGCGUACGAUUCCUCGAUUCACUCUGUCGCUAUCUUUCUCUUGCGUCACGAUCACCGGAAGGCAGAUCCCUUUCCGGUGGUCUCCAUUCGAAGUAAAGGAAUGUUAACACCAGCUGAGAGAAGUUGCGAUGAUCACAGACUGUUCGAAAGUGGCCAAGGGACAGGGACUCCGGACUUAAAUAGUUGAGAAACACCCUAUCCAAAACGUUUUGCCCACUAAUCCUAAUACCAGACCCUAUUCUCGAGUUAAUGAUAGCUCUUCUUAGACGCAACACUUAACUUCCAAGCUAAACUGUUGUGCGGUAGCCAACUCGCCAUCGGGUCCUUUCUAAUGAAGACCUUUUGCGACUGCCUCGACUUGCCACCGUGCAGUUAAUUGGCUAAUUCCCCAAAAUCUCUGACAAAAAUUUACCAUCGAUUUCUCGGCUUUCUCGAUCGAAACAUUCACGCGAGUUAAUCUCGCAAACUAGAUACAUUUUUUGUUAGAAAAUUUAUGGCAAAGUUACGGUAGUCAAAAAAAAAAAAAAAGAAAAAAAAAGAAAAGAGAGAAAAGAAGAAAGGGAAAAGAAAUUCGAAGGAGACACGAUAAUUCCUUGAACAAAUUGUAGAUACGUAAAAUAAAGUCUAUUAUUGGACAUGUUACUUCAUUCCGUAAACAUCGUAAUAUCAUCAACCAGUCUCAUUCUCUCAAGAAUGGUCCACGCUUAAUUACAUCUUAUGGUGCGCUUCUUUUUAAAACUACAGGUAGUCGAGGAUCGCCGAAGCGAGCUUGGAACCGACAGUCGCUAAUGCGACCAUGUUCGCGCCUUUCGAGUAAUUGGACACGAGAAAAUGAACAGUGUAUUACCUCUCGUUUAAUUGGUAUUCUCCAACCUAUCGUUAAGUGGCACGAUUAUGUCUUCUCCAAAAAAUUUCACUGGUUGGCCGUGACGGUUACACGCACGCGUUCACGCGUAUCUCUUUCUACGUUCUUUUUUUUAAAAUAUUCCUCGGCUAGGCUUGUACAACACGUAGCGAGGUAAGAAAAAUCGAAGGCUUCCUGGGGGUCCAUGACACUUGAUACCGAUAGCUGCGAAGUCAGGCUGCAGAAGCGACCAAAAGUAGCUGUGUCAUCUUUUAGUGGGUACGAUGUCUGUAGCUCAGGUAACGAGUUAUCGGUUGCCACAAAAGAUCAUUAAAGUAAUGACAUACAAAUUGCCGCCUGUUUCGUGAGAGCAACAUUUAAAGCCAGAAAUUCGCCAUAUCUCUCGGAAUAAAAUCGGAGCUUUUCAUUUUCUUUCCGAUCUAUGCCUUCUCCGCGAGAACGUUUCUUUUUUCCUAGAGAAGAAAGGUAAAAAGGGAGGAAAUCGGAUGAAAACGGAGCAAGAUGACUCGCGAUCGCUUUUUCGCAUCUCUCGUCAGAAAACGGGAAAGAAGUAGGAAGAGAGAGCGAAAGAGGUAGUAGCGAGCAAGCUCGAGGAAGACGAAAGGGCCCGUUUUAAAGAGGCGAGCAUUAAAAACAACAAUGUCAUUACAUUUUAACGACCUGUUCUUGGGCUCUGCCCUCCCUUUUAAGAACGUUCGUUUGCAGGUAUGUGGACCGCGCUCUCGUGGGGGCUACCACACCGAGAGAGAAUUCUUAAGGCGGUACACACACUAGCUAUUUCCUCUUUUUGCUCCCCCUCGGUGUUUUAGCGAUUACGUUCAUAUCCGAUUCUACUGUCGAUCAAUUUAAAAAAUUACAAUUCCAUCGUUCCACGGAGCUUAUAGUUAGGCGAAAAGCACAGGUGUAUCAUAUUUCGUGCGCGUACCCUCCUAGUUUCGGCCGGUACAGUUCAGUCAGAGACACGUCUAAACUUAAACGCGGCAGACGUUGGCAACGAUAAUCAAGACUUCGAAAGCGUGAAACCGCUACGGGCGGUGUUGAAAUUUUAGCGAGCUUAAAAUUGCGAUCUAAUCAAGGUACGAAGAGGGUGCGAAAGCAGCUUAAUCCGACACUGGUCGAUGCACAGGGCCCCUUCCCCUUCGCUCGGGGCCCAUUCCCCUUCUCGAGUCGAUUUCUCCCCACGCACUCUGGGCACGCCGUGCAGCUCGCGAAGAAUUAGUAUGGGCGAAGUAACAAAAGCACGAGGAACAAGCACGGGGGGUGUGCGCGGCGAGUGGCGGAGAAGGAGGAAGAAAAAAAAGGAGCCGAGAUGGCGCCACACGUCCAGCGUGUUUUCGGGGCUUCCUCCGGUGCUGUUGGCAAACUCCUCUUUUUCUUUUUCUUGCAGACCCUCCCCAGUUACCUUCUCGCUCCUUUUCGCCUGCCUUCCUCUGGUUCCCUCUCGCUUUUGGCGCGUUCUGCGUCCUCCCUCUCGUCGAUUCCUCUUUUAUUUUGCUCCCCUUCUGGACCCUCACCCUGCGGGCCCCCCUAUUAGUUCGGCCACGGCACCGUAUUGCGGAAAAAAGACGAGCAAAGGACGGUCGCAAAAUGCGAAAUUGGGCUAGACCAAAUCGAAAGAUAGGGAUUUCUCAUUAAAAUGGAAGAACAUAUUGCGCUCCAAAAUUAUACGCUAAUCUAUCGCAAUAAUCAGGGCCGCGUACCGUUUUUCUUUCUCGGACCUUCUUUUUUCGAAGUCCGAGACCUUCGUCGAUGCAAGAUUUCACGGUACGAAACGAUCAUAGGCGUGCAUAUACCUUUCUCCGGUUGCGCUUCUCUCGUAGGAGAGGAAUUCGAAAAAUAAGAAACUCCUACUUCGUCUCUCUGUACCCACCAGUCAUUCUUCCGCUUAUGGGUAUGCCUAGAUGAAGCAUGGUGAAGGUGAUCGAGCUACGGAGUAGCUCUAGUCCUUUGAUACCACCAGCGAGAACCUAUACGUAUUCCCCGACGACUACCAUUGGUCGAGCAACUUGAACCAUUUUACUCCUAGUGUUUCUUCUUCCUUCCUUCGUACUGGCUGCGAAUAUUCCCCUUCUUCUCUUUUCUCUCGCGCCUAAGUACUGUGGCACAUCGGCAAAGAGAUCAUGAAAGUAUCUUGCGUGCCUCGGGCAUCAGGGCCGUACAAACUUUGGUUCGAUUACGCUUUACCUCUCAUCCCUGUCUAUUCUCCACUCGCAUUCACAUUUUUCUUAAUAACGACAAAUAGUUUGUUAUUCGAAGAAUAAUCUGACGGAGAACGGCUCGAGCCGAACAAUAAAAUCCUACGGAGUGUUUAACGCCGAUUCUCCACGCGUUCUCCGCUCGGCCCGCCCCAAGUCGUCGUUCAGGUUUGCCAAACAUAAUUCUUCUCUCGCCAAGGGAAAGUCCGAAUGAAAUAUGAAUUCCUAUUAGAAGCUUCCUGGAAGUGCGGCACGUCGCGUCCGCGGGCCGCUCGUUCUCGUAGGUGUUAAGCUCGAGUCGAACGGAUUUAAUCCUUGUGCUUUUUAAAAGGUCCCGCGAGAAGAAGCCAACGCCGACCGAACCAACAGAUCUCGUCUGUAGCGUGCACAGAUCGCGGCACCCUUUGUGCUUGGCCGCCUAGGCUCGGGGGCGCGUCAAAUUUGGUUGAAAAUCAAAUUAAUCUCGCGGCUGGGCGCAGGACCCUCUACCGUCUCUUUCUGUCGACUCUUUCGCUCGCUUUGCCUCGCCUCUGGCCAGCCUGUCUUCGUCCCUCGUUUCUCGACGACACGAGCAAAUCGAAGGAACGGGACUGGGAGGAAGGUGGAGAAGGAGGUGGACCGGAGGUCCUCCAUGCCACCGACACGGACCUAGAGGCGAGAAGAGAAGGUGGCGCAGCAACAAAGAGCUUUGGACUUCUGGCUGCGACCCGGCCAGGGCCGUAUUUAUUUCGAUCCUCUUCCUCCAACGCCUCGUUAUUUUUCACGUCGAUCGUGCUUCGUACUUGACUCGUCUUCUUUUAAGUUCUAGUAGUUUGAACUGCAAGUUCGAUGAAAAUAAUUGAAAGAAGAAUAUUUGCCAUUGACAGCGUGUCUUAAGCGAUAAAUCAAAGGUAGAUAAAAAUUGAUUUUUCGCCAUUGUAGACAUUUAACGCGAUCUGUCUGAUAGAGGCACGAAGAUACGUAAUAUGUAAAGACGACACAAUAUGUAAAGAUAAUUGUUUGGAUAGAACAAAGUGUUGCUUGUUGUAAGCCGUCGGACUCGUCCGGAUUAAGUAAGUACGUCCCUGUUGUAUCCUACUCGGUCAUUCAAAUCACCGCUUGUGGAAAUGAGAUGGGCGGCCGAACCUUGUAGUCGCACACCUCCCCUCGUGGCCACGUACAGGGUGAUUCAACAAGAAUCAGCUGGGAGCUCUAAUUUUUCGACUAUCGUAUCUUUAGGCCAAUUUGCAGCAGGUGUUACGUUGCAAGAGGAUCACCGAUAACCUUUCAAAUUUUAUUUUCGACUAUUCGAUCGGGCUUGAUAAGUCGAACCCUGCGAUGCCGGCGCGAUUCUUCGAAGUAGAAGCAGAAAUAGUGGAUUCGACCUAAGAAAGGAACGAUGGAAAAAAGAGGCUCGUCGAAUGAAACGCUGGAUAAGGAGGAAGCCUGCGGAAGAAUAAGAAAAGGUCGAAAGAUCGGUAUUGAAAUGCAACGGAGGGGAACGAAAAGUUGAUCCUCUCCUGGAAAUACCGGCGACCAAUUGUUCGUAGAGGGACGAGAUUCUUUCUGUUGUCAGGAAUUCAACUCGCGAGUCCAACGACAAAGUAAAUUCCUGAAGGACGGAGGAUGCACGGUGGUGGGUUCCCUGAUGCUCCGCGGUGAAACGGAUCCGAGAUUUUUCGAGGGCCAAAAAAGGGGCCGAUCUCUCGUAAUUGGGCCUGCACAUCCUUUUACCUUGUCGUUCGUGCCACUUGUUCCCGUGGUGAUCUCCGAAAGAUCAAGAAAGAUCGUACGAUGAGAUUGACGCUUUUUUUCUCGGUCGCCAUCGAUCCAGCCGGUCUACAUAUACACGUAAUGCUCCUUCGUUCCUUUUACCACGCUGCUGCGGAAUUAUUGCUUCAUUACCGAUUGCUCCGUGGAAAUAAAACAAGCUCGUGCAAGCUCGACUGGUCACGAUAAUUGAGACUGCGCUUCCUCCGCCACUGAUUGCUUCCUGGUAAAGAUUUUAAAUCUACCCGGCUCUUUGUCGUUUCCUUCGCGUCUUUGCUUACUCUAUUCGUGAAAAUUGAAAUUUUGAUCGAGCCAACGACGAUUCCUCUCCCAAAUUUUCACAAACAACAAGAAACUUUUACCCUCUACGACCUGACCUCAAAAAAUGUCUUAUACCGGCGGAAGGAACAUAUUCCGUAUUCAAACCUCGUAGCUUAAAUCCGCCGCUAUUUAUGGUGAAGAUAUCCACGAGAAAGUCUCGAUCCCGUCAGGCCACGGGGAAUUCCGUUAUCUCAAGAUCUCGGUGACUUAAAACUCGAGCAUCCCGCUCUCGACUGGAAUCAAGGAAUCGGCCUUAACGAUUUAUGAAUGAACUCGCUGCCGCGAUGUUCCGAUGUGGCUUCUUUCCCGCUCUUUUUCUUUUCACUAACACCCCUGUUCCUCCUCCUAAAAAAACCGCUCGGUAGCUCUCCCUGCGUUUACGAUGCUCCCCGCGUGUAGCUUGUUUUAAACAAAAUUCACGCGAUGCGAAAAUGAAGAAAAAGGAAGAAUGGAGAAGCGGCACCACGACAAAUCCCGGUGACGUAAUUUCAGACGGUCGUCGAACCUGAGACCUCGGGAGAGGCACACCACGAGAGAAAGAGAGCCACGGACUUUCAUUCAUUCGGGGUGGGGACCAACGAAUACGCGUUGUGCACACGUGCACACGAUGCACGCCGCGCCUCGAAUCGCAAUCGCGAAAUUCCUUCGUCUCUUCGGCUAUCCAUACUCGAUUAUGUUUGACGCGACAAAUCAGAACGGAGAAAGUUCAGGCACACUUAGAAAUUUGACUGCUCUUUACCUGGCCACUAAUUUAUUGGCAACGACCGUCCAGUCGGAAAGAUUCGGAUACCCUCUCUCUCUCCUUCUGUUGUUUCAGGGAUCAUGCGACCGACGUGUCAUCUGACAGUGGUGAUCGCGCUGUUCCUCCAGGCGGCCACCCUACACGCCCAUCGCGAGCACAAGGUUCACAACAUCGUACUGUACCCCGACAAGCACAGCUGGUGCAAGACGACUCCCAUAAAGCAAGUCGUCACGUGGCCGCAAUGCUCCUCACAGGAAUUGGAUAACAACGUUUGCGUGGGAGCUUGUUUCUCGUACAUGGUGCCACACAGCGAACCUUCCGCUCCUGGUGACCUAAUCAGACCUUACUGUGACUCUUGUCAGCCUUUGGACAGCGUUUGGCACACGGUUACGCUGGACUGCAAGGACGAGACGAACAAUCCGAUCACCAUGCAGAAGAAAGUGCAAAUUAUCACCAAUUGUUCCUGCAGCUCCUGUAUGGAAACGUCUAGGAUCAAGCCAGAUUACAAUACUCUGCUUCAACAAUUAACCGUGGAGAACUUGGAUAAGAAUGUGAACGUCGUUCACGAAAAACCAGAUCUCUUGGAAAACCCAAACUUGAACUCCUCCAAAAAUACCACCAGAGAUGGUGUUCAGGCUAACGAGAGAUUCUUACAGCUCUUCAAGCAGCUCAAGGACUCCGAGAAGUUGGAGCAAUCUGGGGCCAAGGAGCUGUUCUCGAAAAUCGAUGAGGACAUCGACUUCGACAAACUGAGGGAGUUGUUGGACAAGUACGGCCAAGAGGAGGAGAAGCAGCACACUCAUCAGCAUCUACAUCAACAUCAGCAUCAAUCGACUGGAAAGCAGCAGCAGCAACAACAGCAACAGCAUCACUCGACGACGGUGCUUCAUCGAGGACCUCAUCAUUCGAUGGUUUUAGAUCCCGACGUGAAAGAGAAGAUCGACGUGGAACCGCACUAUCUUCAUCCAGCUGUUCCCGGUCAGGAAAUCAGCUACCACGACAACGUAUUAGUAGAUAAGGAUAAGAAGAAAGAUUUCUGAGAUUUAGAAUGUAUGUCUCGUGAUGGCAACGCGUGUUUGGUCGAGUUUGAAACUUCGAUCAAACAAAGUUGAUAGAAACGUGUUUGGUAUUAGCGAAUGAGAUCAUAUCUUCUCUAUAUUUGUUAAGAUUCAUUCGUGACCUAGUCCAGUCCGUAGUAAAUUGUUCGAUUCGAUCUAGAAACUAGAGAUUCGACUUAUCUCGCGAACGAUAUAUCUGUAAAUAGGAAAAUUCUACGUUCUUAUUUCUUUCUUUUUUAUAUGUACUUUUUAGUAAGCAAAAGAUGGAUAUCUUUUAAACUGUUACUCUUGAGAAGCUAGCUUGGAAACUUGGGUUCGAUGUGAGAAAUCUCGUCAGGGUUUAAUCGUAUUUAGGAAACGUUGUUGAGCAAAAGUUGACAAUACGGAAACGAAGAAAAAGGGGAGAGAGAAAUUCUAAUAUAUAUUUUAAUUAUUAUUAUAUUAAUUAACUAUUUAAUAUACUCGCGCGCCUAAUGAUGGAAUAUACGUACGUUCGGAAUUUUUAGCUCGUAAUUAGCACAACUGGCAACCAUUGUAGAUGUCCAAAGGCGUUAUAUCUUGUUGAUUGCUUUAAAAGUAUACAUUAUAUCCAUUGUCUCGCAGAGAAUAAACAAAGUCCGUACAACA